CUGUCAGACGGAGACCAGGAGCUCAGGGAAGAGACGGUGCUGUUCCAGAGCUCUCGGGGUUCGAGAAUGACUCGUUUAAAGAUGUUAAGGCUGACAGCUGGCGUGCUCUUGUUGAGCCUGGUGGCCGGUUCGAGGUGUCCUGAUCAGCAGCGCUGUGGGGAUGAGCAGACAUGUUGCCAGAUUCAGUCUGGAGAAUUCAACUGCUGUCCUUUCCAUCAGGCUGAGUGCUGUGAAGACCACUUACACUGCUGCCCCGAGGGCAUGUUGUGCGAGGUGAAAGAAUCCCGGUGCACAAACGCUACACACUCGCUCCCAUGGGCCGAGAGAUUUCCUUCAGGAAACUCCAACCUCGACAAAUCAUUCAGAAUGAUCAGCUCCUCUGAUGCUAACAAUAUGUACGACACCAUCUGCCCGGAUAACUCGUUCUGCCCGGCGGACUUCUCCUGCCUGAAGGUGUCGAACACGUACGGCUGUUGUCCUCUAGCGCAGGGAAUCGUGUGCUCGGACGGGAAACACUGCUGUCCAAAUGACCGAGAGUGCACCGCCGACAGCACUUCCUGUGUGAAGAAGACGGAACCGGUCCUGGCGGUUGUGUGUGCUGAUGGCAUGUCUGAGUGCCCUGUGGAGACAUCAUGCUGUGAGACUGCAGAUGGCGGAUGGGGUUGUUGCCCAAUGCCCAGGGCUGUGUGCUGUGAUGAUAAAGUGCACUGCUGUCCCGAGGACAGCGUUUGUGAUGUAAAAAGUGCCAAGUGUCUUUCUUCUACCAAUCAGGAAUUUCCAAUGUGGGCCAAGUUUCCUGCUCGACAGAGGGCUGCCUGGGAGGACCACACAUACUCUGAAGUUCCCUGUGACGACACUAUGACUUGUCCGGAGGGAAACACAUGCUGUAAGGAUGGAAAGGGAGGAUGGGGCUGCUGCCCUCUGCUUCAGGCGGUGUGUUGUGAGGACCAUGUCCACUGCUGUCCUAAUGGUAAAAAGUGUAACCUCGCCGCUCAAACAUGUGAAGACCCGUCAGGUUCAGUGCCCUGGCUGAAGAAGGAGCCGAGCCGACCGAUCAGAGGACAGGGUUCCCAAAAGGUUCCAGAAACUGAAGGUUCUGAUGUUCCCUGUGACGACACUGUGGCUUGUCCUGAUGAAACCACAUGCUGUAAGAAUGAAGAGGGAGGGUGGGGCUGCUGUCCGAUGCCUAAGGCGGUGUGUUGUGAGGACCAUGUCCACUGCUGUCCUAAUGGUAAAAAGUGUAACCUCGCCGCUCAAACAUGUGAAGACCCGUCAGGUUCAGUUCCCUGGCUAAAGAAGGAGCCGAGCCGACCGAUCAGAGGACAGAAAGUUCCAGAAACUAAGGGUUCUGAUGUUCCCUGUGACGACACUGUGGCUUGUCCUGAUGAAACUACAUGCUGUAAGAAUGAAGAGGGAGGGUGGGGCUGCUGUCCGAUGCCUAAGGCGGUGUGUUGUGAGGACCAUGUUCACUGCUGUCCUAAUGGUAAAAAGUGUAACCUCGCUGCUCAAACAUGUGAAGACCCGUCAGGUUCAGUGCCCUGGCUGAAGAAGGAGCCGAGCCGACCGAUCAGAGGACGGAAGGUUCUAGAAACUAAGGGUUCUGAUGUUCCCUGUGACGACACUGUGGCUUGUCCUGAUGAAACCACAUGCUGUAAGAAUGAAGAGGGAGGGUGGGGCUGCUGUCCGAUGCCUAAGGCGGUGUGUUGUGAGGACCAUGUCCACUGCUGUCCAAAUGGUAAAAAGUGUAACCUCGCCGCUCAAACAUGUGAAGACCUGUCAGGUUCAGUGCCCUGGCUAAAGAAGGAGCCGAGCCGACCGAUCAGAGGACAGAAGGUUCCAGAAACUAAGGGUUCUGAUGUUCCCUGUGAUGACACUGUGGCUUGUCCUGAUGAAACCACGUGCUGUAAGAAUGAAGAGGGAGGGUGGGGCUGCUGCCCGAUGCCUCAGGCGGUGUGUUGUGAGGACCAUGUUCACUGCUGUCCUAAUGGUAAAAAGUGUAACCUCGCCGCUCAAACAUGUGAAGACCCGUCAGGUUCAGUGCCCUGGCUGAAGAAGGAGCCAAGCCGACCGAUCAGAGGACAGAAGGUUCCAGAAACUAAGGGUUCUGAUGUUCCCUGUGACGACACUGUGGCUUGUCCUGAUGAAACCACAUGCUGUAAGAAUGAAGAGGGAGGGUGGGGCUGCUGUCCAAUGCCUAAGGCGGUGUGUUGUGAGGACCAUGUUCACUGCUGUCCUAAUGGUAAAAAGUGUAACCUCGCUGCUCAAACAUGUGAAGACCCGUCAGGUUCAGUGCCCUGGCUGAAGAAGGAGCCAAGCCGACCGAUCAGAGGACAGAAGGUUCCAGAAACUAAGGGUUCUGAUGUUCCCUGUGACGACACUGUGGCUUGUCCUGAUGAAACCACAUGCUGUAAGAAUGAAGAGGGAGGGUGGGGCUGCUGUCCGAUGCCUAAGGCGGUGUGUUGUGAGGACCAUGUCCACUGCUGUCCUAAUGGUAAAAAGUGUAACCUCGCUGCUCAAACAUGUGAAGACCCGUCAGGUUCAGUGCCCUGGCUGAAGAAGGAGCCGAGCCGACCGAUCAGAGGACAGAAGGUUCCAGAAACUAAGGGUUCUGAUGUUCCCUGUGACGACACUGUGGCUUGUCCUGAUGAAACCACAUGCUGUAAGAAUGAAGAGGGAGGGUGGGGCUGCUGUCCAAUGCCUAAGGCGGUGUGUUGUGAGGACCAUGUUCACUGCUGUCCUAAUGGUAAAAAGUGUAACCUCGCUGCUCAAACAUGUGAAGACCCGUCAGGUUCAGUGCCCUGGCUGAAGAAGGAGCCGAGCCGACCGAUCAGAGGACAGAAGGUUCCAGAAACUAAGGGUUCUGAUGUUCCCUGUGACGACACUGUGGCUUGUGCUGAUGAAACCACAUGCUGUAAGAAUGAAGAGGGAGGGUGGGGCUGCUGUCCGAUGCCUAAGGCGGUGUGUUGUGAGGACCAUGUCCACUGCUGUCCAAAUGGUAAAAAGUGUAACCUCGCCGCUCAAACAUGUGAAGACCUGUCAGGUUCAGUGCCCUGGCUAAAGAAGGAGCCGAGCCAACCGAUCAGAGGACAGAAGGUUCCAGAAACUAAGGGUUCUGAUGUUCCCUGUGAUGACACUGUGGCUUGUCCUGAUGAAACCACGUGCUGUAAGAAUGAAGAGGGAGGGUGGGGCUGCUGCCCGAUGCCUCAGGCGGUGUGUUGUGAGGACCAUGUUCACUGCUGUCCUAAUGGUAAAAAGUGUAACCUCGCCGCUCAAACAUGUGAAGACCCGUCAGGUUCAGUGCCCUGGCUGAAGAAGGAGCCAAGCCGACCGAUCAGAGGACAGAAGGUUCCAGAAACUAAGGGUUCUGAUGUUCCCUGUGACGACACUGUGGCUUGUCCUGAUGAAACCACAUGCUGUAAGAAUGAAGAGGGAGGGUGGGGCUGCUGUCCAAUGCCUAAGGCGGUGUGUUGUGAGGACCAUGUUCACUGCUGUCCUAAUGGUAAAAAGUGUAACCUCGCUGCUCAAACAUGUGAAGACCCGUCAGGUUCAGUGCCCUGGCUGAAGACGGAGUCGAGCCGACCGAUCAGAGGACAGAAGGUUCCAGAAACUAAAGGUUCUGAUGUUCCCUGUGACGACACUGUGGCUUGUCCUGAUGAAACCACAUGCUGUAAGAAUGAAGAGGGAGGGUGGGGCUGCUGCCCGAUGCCUCAGGCGGUGUGUUGUGAGGACCAUAUUCACUGCUGUCCUGAUGGUAAAAAGUGUAACCUCGCUGCUCAAACAUGUGAAGACCCAUCAGGUUCAGUGCCCUGGCUGAUGAAGGAGCCGAGCCGACCAAUCAAAGGACGAAAGAUUCCUGAAACUGAGGGUUCUGAUGUUCCCUGUGAUGACACUGUGGCUUGUCCUGACGAAACCACAUGCUGUAAGAAUGAAGAGGGAGGGUGGGGCUGCUGCCCAAUGCCUCAGGCGGUGUGUUGUGAGGACCAUAUUCACUGCUGUCCUAAUGGUAAAAAGUGUAACCUUGCUGCUCAAACAUGUGAAGACCCGUCAGGUUCAGUGCCCUGGCUGAAGAAGGAGCCGAGCCGACCAAUCAAAGGACGGAAGAUUUCUGAAACUAAGGUUUCUGAUGUUCCCUGUGAUGACACUGUGGCUUGUCCUGAUGAAACCACAUGCUGUAAGAAUGAAGAGGGAGGGUGGGGCUGCUGCCCGAUGCCUCAGGCGGUGUGUUGUGAGGACCAUGUUCACUGCUGUCCUAAUGGUAAAAAGUGUAACCUCGCUGCUCAAACAUGUGAAGACCUGUCAGGUUCAGUUCCCUGGCUGAAGAAGGAGCCGAGCCGACCGAUCAGAGGACGGAUGGUUCCAGAAACUAAGGGUUCUGAUGUUCCCUGUGACGACACUGUGGCUUGUCCUGAUGAAACCACAUGCUGUAAGAAUGAAGAGGGAGGGUGGGGCUGCUGUCCGAUGCCUCAGGCGGUGUGUUGUGAGGACCAUGUUCACUGCUGUCCUAAUGGUAAAAAGUGUAACCUCGCCGCUCAAACAUGUGAAGACGCGUCAGGUUCAGUGCCCUGGCUAAAGAAGGAGCCGAGCCGACCGAUCAGAGGACAGAAGGUUCCAGAAACUAAGGGUUCUGACGUUCCCUGUGACGACACUGUGGCUUGUCCUGAUGAAACCACAUGCUGUAAGAAUGAAGAGGGAGGGUGGGGCUGCUGUCCAAUGCCUAAGGCGGUGUGUUGUGAGGACCAUGUCCACUGCUGUCCUAAUGGUAAAAAGUGUAACCUCGCUGCUCAAACAUGUGAAGACUCGUUAGGUUCAGUGCCCUGGCUGAAGAAGGAGCCGAGCCGACCGAUCAGAGGAUGGAAGGUUCCAAAAGAUUUCCUGUUCGCUGUUCCCUGUAAUGACACAGUGGCCUGUGAUGAUGGGAAAACGUGCUGCAAGAACCAACAGGGAGAAUGGAGUUGCUGUCCACUUCCCCAGGCGGUGUGUUGUGAAGACUUUGUCCAUUGCUGUCCUCAUGGGAAACAGUGCAACCUUGCUUCUCGGUCAUGUGACAAGCCAUCAGAAUCUGUGCCCUGGUGGAAGAAGGAACCGAGCCAUCCGACCAGUGAUAAGAGUGUUCCUAAGACCAAAGGUUCUGAUGUUCCCUGUGAUGAUACUAUGUCCUGUCCUGAUGGAAACACAUGCUGUAAGACCGAACAGGGAGAGUGGGCCUGCUGCCCGAUGCCUCAGGCUGUAUGCUGCGAGGAUUUCCUUCACUGCUGUCCUCAUGGGAAAAAGUGUAACCUUGCUGCUCAGUCAUGUGACGACCUGGCGGGGUCGGUGCCAUGGAUGAAGAAGGAGCCGAGCCAACCGACUGCAUCGACAGCUCGAAAUACUUCAGUAAAUGUUGUAGUUCAGUGUGACACUAAGACGUCCUGUCCUGACCACACCACCUGCUGCUUAAUGGACAAGAGCAAGAAAUAUGGCUGCUGUCCUCUGGAUCAUGCUACAUGCUGUCCCGGAGGAGAGAACUGCUGUCCAAGAGGCUACAACUGCCGUGAAGAGUGGUGUGUGAAAACCUCCUGGAACAAGUUCGAGUCUGUGGCUUUAGUCUCCGUCAUGGACACAGCGAUCCCGCAGGCCCAAACUGACAUCGGCUGCGGAGACGGGUUCACCUGUAACGACUCGGAAACCUGCUGCAGGACGUCUGAGAGCUCCUGGGGCUGCUGCCCGUAUCAGAAGGCUGUAUGUUGCAGUGAUAUGCAGCAUUGCUGUCCUAGCGGGUACACCUGUGACCAGUCUGGCUCCUGCACUGCAGAGAUGGGCUUUAACUGGGAUGUGUUGUUCUCCAGGAAGAAACGAGCUCCUGCUGUAUAAACACACACAUGCUCGCAUGUGCACACACACACACACACACACAAACCAAACUCAUCCUACUGAGAAAAAUCACACUCCAAUCCAGAAUAACAGUCACACACACACCUUUCACUAAUCAGGUUAUAUGUUGGUGAUGAAUAUUGAUUAUAUGUUGAAUGGGAAAUGAAGGGGAAGAAAAUCAGUAGGGCGGAAUCUCAUCCUGUUUACACUAAUUCCUCAAACUCCAAUCCUGAGUGUCUAUCAGCCACGUGCAGCACGACUAGAAAGGACUUUUUAUUUCCAGAAGCUGACCAGCUUUAGUGAUGCCCUUGAAAAUCUGUGUAGUUUAUCUGCUUUUUACUAUCCAGCCAGUCUACUACAACCAGCUAGCAAAUAACUAGCAAUAAAAAAGAGAGAAAGAAAGAAAGGAAAGAAGGAAAAAUUGGCAUCCUUAUUUACAGCAAUGAUCAGCAGGAUGGACAUUAAACGUUUCAUUCUUCCACUUUUACUGUUGUAGACAUGAAAUAAUCUUAUAUUUAUGACCAUUUUUUAAAAUACAGGAUUAACAUCAUGCUUUGCUAACAUCAGGCUAACGUCUGCAGUCUCACACACUCUAGUUUCAAAAAAGCACGCUAGUCUAACUAACAUAAAUACUGACAUAUUUGUUCUGAAACAUUUUUAAAUGGAAGACGUCAGCGCGGUGAUUUAGCAUGCCUCCUGGAGAUAGUUAUGCAGUCUGCUAUCUAAGAAAAUGUAUUCAAGCUGAUGAAAUAUGAUAAUGUGACCAUAAGAAUGCGCCAGGGAUCCAUUUAGAGGAUGACGUUAGCCAGGAAGUACAGUGGAAAUCAGUGCUGUUGUUUAAAUCAGUUUCAACAUUAAACGUACUGUCUGUGUUAUGAGGAGAUUUUCUGAACACUGAUAUUUAAACUUAAUAUUAAAUAAACACUUCUAAUUGUAUUCCUUGAUUUUUAACUGCACUUUCUUUAGUCCAACAAUCCAACAUCUGUAUUGUUUUUUGCUUUUUUUUUACAUUUUGAGAUAUUACGUGACUGUGUUUAAACAUCAGGAGUAAGUCUGGUAAUUUAGCACUUUUUUAUGUUGUGUGAAUUGUCAUGUAAACUUCAACGGUUGUGUGAAAAAAAAAAACUUGCUUUAUAAAGUGAAUAAAAGUGAUGUUCCUAAAAGA